AUGCUUGUAACAAUUUUCAGGGCAUUUUGUACAUCUUCCACGGAGAAAAUGGUCAAGAUAUUGAAUGUUGCAGAGAAAAAUGAUGCUGCCAAGUCAAUCGCUGCAGUUAUGUCAAGGGGAAGUGCUCGAAAGAGAGAAGGAUUUUCCAAAUUCAACAAGAUUUAUGAGUAUGAGUACAACAUUCUGAAUCACAACAAUUGUACUAUGACCAUGACAUCUGUGUCCGGACAUCUUUUAGGGCUGGACUUUGUAGGAAACUACAAAAAAUGGUAUAGCUGUAAUCCUGUUGCCCUGUUUGAUGUUGAGGUGGAGAAGUACUGUCCUCAGAAUUUCACAGAUAUCAAGAGAACUCUGGAAAGGGAGGUAAGAGGAGCACAUUCUUUGAUCAUUUGGACAGACGGUGACAGAGAAGGGGAAAACAUUGGAUUUGAAAUUAUUCAAGUUUGUAGAAGUGUGAAACCAAACAUACCAAUAUACAGAGCCAAAUUUUCUGAGAUCACACCACAAGCUAUACAAAGAGCCUGUAGGAACCUAGUAGAACCUGACAAGAAUACUAGUGAUGCUGUUGAUGUUCGGCAAGAAUUAGACCUUCGGAUAGGGGCUGCUUUUACAAGAUUCCAAACUUUAAGACUACAGAAGAUAUUCCCUGAAGUUUUAUCAGAUCAGCUAAUCAGCUAUGGCAGCUGUCAGUUCCCUACCCUUGGUUUUGUGGUCGAGAGGUACAAACAGGUACAAGCUUUUGUACCAGAGCCAUUUUGGAAAAUAAAAGUUACUCACAAACAGGAAGAGAGUACCAUAGAAUUCAACUGGAAACGGGUCCGCCUUUUUGACAACACUGCAUGCCUGGUUUUAUAUGAACACUGCACCGAAAAUCCUACAGCAACAGUAAAGGAUGUCAAGUGUAAAAGUAAGAGCAAGUGGAGACCUCAGCCACUGGAUACUGUGGAAUUGGAAAAGCUUGCCUCGAGAAAGUUACGAAUCAAUGCGAAGGAGACAAUGAAAAUAGCAGAAAAGCUGUACACUGAAGGAUACAUAAGCUACCCUCGUACAGAGACCAACAAGUUCCCAUCUGACCUUGACCUUGGAAGGCUGGUAGAACAGCAGACUGUUGAUGGAGAUUGGGGAGACUUUGCCAGAAGAGUUUUAGAGCAAGGACCACAACCCCGUAAUGGCAAAAAGACAGAUCAGGCACAUCCUCCAAUUCACCCUACCAAGUAUUGUGACAGACUACAGGGCAACGAAAAAAGAGUUUAUGAGUUUAUUGUGAGACAUUUCCUGGCGACGUGCUCCAGGGAUGCCCAAGGACAGGAAACAGUUGUGGAAAUAGACAUAGCUGAUGAAAAGUUUUCAGCUCAAGGCCUAAUGAUUACUGCGAGGAACUACCUAGAUGUGUACCCAUAUGAGCGAUGGAAUGCCAAGGUUAUUCCUGUGUACAGUCAAGGCGACAGUUUCCAGCCAAACUCCAUUGAGAUGAUUGAAUCAGAGACCAGCGCUCCAUCUCUGUUAUCUGAGGCAGACCUGAUUGCCCUGAUGGACAAACAUGGAAUUGGAACUGAUGCCACACAUGCUGAGCAUAUAGAGACCAUCAAAAGUCGGAUGUAUGUUGGACUACAGGGAGACAACAGGUUCAUUCCUGGUCAUCUUGGAAUGGGACUUGUUGAGGGAUAUGAUGCUAUGGGAUAUGAAAUGUCCAAACCACACCUCAGAGCAGAAUUAGAGGCAGAUCUGACAAGGAUUUGUGCCGGCCAAAAGGAUAAAAAUGUUGUCCUAGAAGAGCAGAAACAGAAAUACAAACAAGUCUUUAUAGAAGCAUGUCGACAGGCCUUAAAGAUUGAUGAAGCACUAGCAAAGUACCUUGGGGAGGCCCAGCCUUUACCUGCAGAACAUGCAUUAGAAACUUUAGCGUCUUCACCAAUCAAGAAAUGCCCAAACUGUGGUCAGGAUAUGAUGUUGAAAACAAAGAAAGAUGGAAAAGGAUUCUAUAUUGGUUGUAUGGGUUAUCCAGAUUGUAGGAAUGCUGUGUGGCUGCCUGACUUUGUCCUGGAGGCUACUGCUGAGAACACCUUUUGUCAUACAUGUGAUGGAGUUCGCCUGAUCAAAUUCAAAUUUAAACGAGGAUCAGUCCCUCCCAUGGUGCCGACAGAAUAUUGUGGUUGUAUAGGAGGAUGUGAUGAUAUUCUGAUUGAGGCCCUGAAUCUGAACAGAAGUAUGGGUUCCAGUCAAAGACCUACUUCAUUCUCCAACCAAUCAAAUCUGUCUGAUAGUGGAAUAGGUUCAACAUACAGCUCUGACUGCAGUGGUAGGACCAGCAAUGGACCAACACAGGCUACCCAGAAUCAGAGAAGACAAACUACCUCCUUGUCAAAUGGCAGUAACAAUAGACAAAAUAAGAGUAAGACAACCAGCCAGAGGCAGUCUUAUAAUAACACCAAUAAUACCCAGGAAGGGUACGGUAACCAGGGAGGUCGUGUUCCCCUAGUAUCUGUAUCACCAUUCAACAGGAAUGCUCCAACUGGUGAUGGCAAUGCCAUUGUAUGUUCCUGUGGGGAGGAUGCUUUGUUACUGACAGUACGUAAGGAGGGACCCAAUACAGGACGACAAUUUUACAAGUGUGGGUCCUCUAAAUGUAAUUUUUUCCUGUGGGCGGAUGAGACACCGAACGAUGAUGAUGGAGGAGGAGGCCAUUCCUUAUACAACAGGAGCACCAGUACUCCUUAUAGAGGAAAUCCACCUCCACCAGCAGCAAACACAGAAGACAACAAAUGCAACUGUGGAAACUUACCUAAAAAGUUAUCAGUACAGAAGGAAGGCCCAAACAAAGGGAGACAAUUCCUAGCAUGCAAUAAACCUCGUGGUGAAGGUUGUAAUUUCUUCCAAUGGGUUGAUGAGUCAGGAAGUAGCGAAAAUACAGGUGGUAUGUGGAACAAAGGAGGAGACUCCAAGAGACAUGGGGGAUCUAACAGUGGGGGACCAACUACCAAGAAGGCAAGGAAAUGUGGCUUAUGUGGAGAGGAAGGACACACAAGAAAGACAUGUCCACACAAGUAACAGUCCUAGUUGUGA